UUCCGCUUGUUAUGAUUCGUCCACAGGCAAUCAACAUAGGAUGAAUGUGAACUUGUCGGGAACUCCCUAUAUGUUUUCGUAUGUAAACGCCCUCACUGCCAUCGGUUGUGAUGAUAUGGUGCUGCUAUCCAACGGAAGUUCAAUCCUCGGUGGCUGCUCUGCGUUUUGUGCAGACAAGAAUGUUACAAGCAGCGUCGAAAAUUGCCGUUUCAAUGUCUGUUGCCAGCAAGAUAUCAUGAUAGACUCAAGAACAGACCCAAGUUUGGUGAAAGCAGAACUAAUUGACUUGAGCGGAAAAGCACUACGCAAAAAGCUCUUUCCAUGCAGCUAUGCUUUUAUUCAGGAGAAAACUUUUUUAAAUGAAAGCGAAUUUUCAUAUCCUUUGUACUACCUGGACAACUCAACGGCAUUGGUAAAUGAUAAUUGGGCAUCAGCAACAAGACCGCCAAUCGUGCGCUUGGACUGGUUUUUUGGGAGCGAGAACUGCAGUCGAGCUAAGAAUUCCACAACUUACGCAUGUCGAGACGACAAGAGUGUUUGUGUUGAUAGCUAUUAUGGUAAUGGUAUUACAGGAUACACCUGUAGCUGCGUUCAAGGAUACGAGGGAAAUCCUUACUUACCGGGAGGAUGCCAAAAGUUUAAUACAAUACAUGCUAGUUCAAUUGCCAAAGUUGAAUGCUUAGAUCAAUGUGGGGAAGUAUUGAUUCCAUUUCCAUUUGGCGUGGGCCCAAAUUGCUACUUGGAGCCAUCAUUUGAAAUUGUUUGUAACACGACCACCAACCCGGCUAAACCCUUUCUUCGCCUCUUAAAUACUGAAAUCGUUGAGCUGAACUCAUCAAAAAUUGUGGUCAACUAUAUGAACAUAGCCUUCAACUUGCUACAAUAUGUCAGACUCUCGAGUUGGAAUUACUAAGCCAGAGGAGCGAAGAUUGACUAUUGACUUGUUGAAAACGCCGUAUAGAUUAUCAGAUGAUAACUGGAUCAAUGCAAUUGGCUGUGAUUUUAUGGCUGUUGGGAUUAUUGGAGAGGACAAACGUAGUUCUAUUCGCAGCAGUUGCGCCGCCAUUUGUUAUAUGCAGGGUAACUCAAUGUGCCAUUAUGGACCAGUAUCAUUUGGAGGUGAUGGUUGUUGUAGAGUACCCAUUCCAAGAGAUCAUUUGCAGGUACGACUUACCUUGAAGCAAAUUUGACCGAGCUUAGUGAACGACGCACAAAUAUUGAUGUUUCUUGCAGCUACUCCUUCAUUAAAUACAUUAAAGAAGUUGAUAGUUAUAGUACUGGAUUUCCGUUUAUGAAGAACGCAUCGGACUUCCGACUUGAUAAGGUAUCGGAAAAACCGAGCAUGGGUUUAGAUUGGAGGAUUGGAGUGGAUAAUUGCAAAGAUGCAGUGAAGGAUCAUGCUAAGUUCGUGUGUCAAGAUAACAGUGAUUGUGUUGAUUUUGAUGCUACGCUAGGAGGAUACCUCUGCAACUGCUCCAAAGGAUACAAAGGAAAUC